CGCGUUGUUUCCUUCGUGUCAAUUUGGAGCUAGUACCGCCCACCGGAAGUCGAUUGUCAUUCUGUACUGUGUCCUUGUUAGCUAACGGGAUAGUUAGCCCCUAUGUAUGUUUGUAUCACAUGGAAAGAUGAAUUAAAUUGUACCUGAACUGGAUUCGAAAGACAUUAGUGAUUAACCGCUGUCAACAGCACCGCCAUGUUGCGUGUCGGGGGCAAAGCAGCGUGUGUGGCCUGCAGGAAACUGGUCUCCUCCAACAUGGGGGUGAGGUGUCUGGUACCACUGCAAAAGCUUCACCCCCUCUCCCGUGCCAUUCACCACCGCUAUUCAGGAAACAACAACCCUCAGCGACCACCCCACCGCAUGGCAGCCCGCCAUUUUACUUCGAUGUCUCGUUUGCCCAUGCGACCACCCAAGCCUGCCCCUGGAUCAUGGGGCCGAGGCCACCAACAGCAGCGGAACUUCUGGGUGGCUCGCCUUGCAGCUAGGCUACUAAGGCUGAGAUACCUUCUGCUGGGCACUGCAGUUGGAGGAGGAUACACAGCUAAGAAGACCUACGAGGAGUGGAAGGACAUGCUGCCAGAUUUUAGUGAAUACAGUUGGAUCAUUCCUGAUUCUGUCUGGGAACUGAGUGAACAGAUUGAUCUAGAUAAACUGGCCAAAGCUCUACCAGAGAUGGAGGAAAUAGCCAAACUAUUACCUGACUUCAACAAGAUUGGAGAGAAUUUUACUUUCCUCAAAAGCUUACUGUCCUCUGGUGUGAGUUUGGGUAGUGAAGUCAAAGGAGCUGGUCUGCAUCUGUUGUUAGAUUCUUCAGGUGACCCCUCCUUGAAGGCCACUGAUUCCUCUGCAGUAGCCGCACAUGACGUUGGUGACAAACAAUACAAAAAGGGUCUGCUUGGCGAGCUCGUUCUUAUUCAGCAGCAGAUUCAACGGCAUGAAGAGGAGGUGCGGCGGGCUGCCGCUGCCAGUAGUGCGCGUUCCCCGCCACCAGAGCCCGCUCCCAGUCCUGCAGAGAUGAAACGCAAGUCAUCCGACAAAGAAAAGAUAGACCAGCUUCAAGAAGAACUGCUCCGCACACAGCUGAAAUAUCAACGCAUGCUGGAGAGGCUGGAGAAAGAGAACAAAGAGUUAAGGAAAGUAGUGCUUCAGAAGGACGACAAGGGAAUUCACCAAAGAAAAGUCAAGAAAUACCUUAUUGACUUGUAUUCUGAAGUUCUGGACAUCUUGUCUGACUAUGAUGCUAACUACAACACACAGGACCACCUGCCCAGGGUGGUUGUGGUCGGGGAUCAGAGCGCUGGGAAGACUAGUGUUCUUGAAAUGAUCGCUCAGGCUCGGAUCUUUCCCCGCGGAUCAGGAGAGAUGAUGACACGAUCUCCCGUCAAGGUGACGCUCAGCGAAGGACCCCACCAUGUGGCCAUGUUCAAGGACAGUGGCAGAGAGUUUGACCUCACCAAGGAAGAUGACCUGGCUGCUCUGAGGCGAGAGAUUGAACUGAGGAUGAGGAAGAGUGUGAAAGAGGGACAGACGGUCAGCUCUGAGACGAUCUCUCUUAGUGUCAAAGGUCCUGGACUCCAGAGAAUGGUGCUUGUUGACCUACCAGGUGUUAUCAGUACGGUGACAACAGGCAUGGCUUCAGACACUAAGGAAACCAUCUUCAGCAUGAGCCGGGCCUACAUGCAGAACCCCAAUGCCAUCAUCCUCUGUAUUCAGGACGGCAGUGUUGAUGCAGAGCGCAGCAUUGUCACUGACCUGGUCAGUCAAAUGGACCCCCAGCGAAAGAGGACCAUCUUUGUCCUGACUAAGGUGGACUUGGCUGAGAAGAACCUGGCCAGCCCAAGCAGGAUCCAGCAGAUCGUGGAGGGGAAGCUGUUUCCCAUGAAGGCUCUGGGCUACUUUGCAGUAGUGACAGGCAGAGGAAGCAGUGGUGAAAGUAUAGACUCUAUAAAAGACUAUGAGGAGGACUUCUUCCAAAACUCCCGAUUAUUGAGGGAUGGCAUGUUAAAGGCCCAUCAAGUCACGACGAAGAACCUCAGUCUGGCUGUUUCCGACUGCUUCUGGAAGAUGGUGAGAGAAUCUGUGGAACAGCAGGCCGACGUCUUCAAGGGUGAGUUUUACACACCUGUAUAUUUGAGGUCGGAAGCUAUCCUCCAGAAGAAACUGUGGGAACGGGUUUCCACCCAUGUAAUUGAGAACAUCUACCUGCCUGCUGCCCAGACAAUGGACUCGGGUACCUUUAACACCACUGUGGAUAUCAAACUCAAGCAGUGGACUGAUAAGCAGCUCCCACACAAAGCACUGGAGAUUGCCUGGGAGACAUUGCAGGAGGAGUUUGCUCGCUUCAUGGCUGAAUACAAAGGCAAAGACCAGGACGACAUUUUUGACAAGCUGAAGGAAGCGGUGAAAGACGAGAGCAUUAAAAGACACAAGUGGAAUGAGAGGGCCAUGGACAGCCUGAGAGUCAUCCAGCACAACGCACUUGAAGACCGUUCCAUCACUGACAAGCCUCAGUGGGAUGCAGCGAUUCAGUUCAUGGAUGAAACUCUGCAGUCACGCCUCAAAGACACUGACUCUGUGAUCAGAGACAUGGUGGGGCCGGACUGGAAAGAGAGGUGGAUGAACUGGAAGAAUCGCUCACCAGAUCAGCACAUUCGUAACGAAACCAAAAAUGAGCUGGAGCGCCUGCUGAAGCUGCACGAUGAGCACACGGCAUAUUUGGCCAACGAUGAGGUCACUACAGUGAGAAAGAACCUCGAAGGACGCGGGGUGGAGGUCGAUCCUGUACUGAUCAAAGAUACGUGGCAUCAGUUGUAUCGCAGACACUUCCUGCAGAAGGCACUUGCCCACUGUAGUCUGUGCAAGAGAGGAUUUUACUACUACCAGAGACACUUUGUCGACUCUGAGUUGGAGUGCAAUGACGUGGUACUGUUCUGGAGGAUCCAGAGGAUGCUGGUGAUAACAGCCAACACUCUACGGCAGCAGCUGACCAACACUGAAGUGCGCCGGUUAGAGAAAAAUGUCAAGGAGGUGCUGGAGGACUUUGGGGAAGACAUGGAGAAGAAGACCCAGCUCAUUACAGGACGCAGGGUCCAGCUGGCUGAAGAUCUCAAGAAAGUUCGUGAGAUCCAGGAGAAACUUGAAGCCUUCAUAGAAGCUCUUCACAAGGAGAAAUAACAGACAGGAGUUCUGUCUAAUUAUUGAACUAUUACAAGAACAUUUUCUGGAUCAUAGCUGAGAAAUGCACUGAAGAAAGACAAUAAAUCUGUAAAUGGCCGACGGCUCCACUCACCUCACCUCACUGUCCGACUGAUUUUAAUGCUUCCUGGAGUCCAUCCCAGCUGAGACCAGGCUGAAGAUGGGGUCCGUGUUAGAAAGUUCAACGUACAAAAACAACUGUUUGUUCUCUCGCUCUUAAACCAACGCAGUUUGUCCAAUCGUCUCGUGUCUUCAAUCACCGCAGCUCUGGCCUUUGUUUGUUUGUUUUGCACUUACGAUUCGCUGCACUUACAUUCUCCCUUCAAGCUGUAAACUACCCUGAGCUGAAAAGUUAAAUUAAUAUAUAUUAUAAUAAUCGGAAGAAGUUUGUCUCGGCUUCCUGUUCUUUUAGAUUUCCAAUUUUCAACUUCUUUCCCGACAUAAUCACAAAGUUUCACAUCGUUCUUUUUCAGGUUUGUAGAAAUGACAUGGUUGGUAAUUCUCUGGUCAGCAUCUCAAUUCUUCAUUUUUUUAUAAAAAAUAUUAGUGGGUUAAUUUUCUGCUAUCAUUCAUUCUGUUUUUUUGUUUUUUGUUUUUUUUUUAUGUGUCCUGCCUGAAAAUACAGUUUUCUACAAAGAAAAAUAAUUUCCCUCAAUAGUUUAAAUUUUUUUAUUUGAAGUCAUUUUAGGUUGUUCCCUUAUCCACAUCCUGCUGCAGAUUUAAAGUGAUUUUUCAGUGAGAAAUACUUCAUCAACAGCUGUUUUUGUUUGUUUGUUUUUUGGGCCGGUCGCUCACAGGGUCGAUGUUCCACUGCGUUUGUCUCGUUUCUUGAGUUUUUACAAGCUUUGCCGGGUUCGCACAAACUUUCAUCUUUGUUUGCUCACUAAAUCAGGAAAAACAUAGGUGAAAAAUGUACAAUAAUGUUCAGAAAGUCAAGACGAAAAGAAAAAUACUGGUUAAAAAACCAAGUUUAAAAAACCACCGAAUCGCUCUCUCUCUCUUUCACUCUCUCUCUCUCACCUGCUAUUGUUCAGAGCUGGAUGUUUUCCCAGUCUCUUCUCUCUCUCUCGUCCUCUCUCUGCUCUAGUACACUCCCCCGUUUGGACUAUUUUAUCUUCACUGGUGUAGAUUUCUCAUGUCAUACCUCUGGCUGAAGACUGCGUUCAUCCGAUCCGUGUAUUCCUAUGUGAAUAAAAUUAUGUACUAUAUGAAAAACAUACAGUCCAGUCUGUACAGUUGAGUUCAGUAGAAAGUUCUGGAUCAGCAGAGCGACAGAUAGUGUAACAGAAAAAAGGUGAGUUGGUUAAAAAAAAAGUUUUAUGUUGUAAAAAAACAAACAAAAAAACAAAAGCUGUUUGCAUGUUGUACCCCGUCAGCUGCGCUUUAUUUAUUGCAUUUGUGUUUAAAAGAAAAUAAAAAUGUAAAUGUGGGUUUUGGUA